CGGGUCUGCAACUGUGUCGACCUCUCAAACUUUUUGACUGCGCUAUGGCUGUUUUCACCCUCAACGACGUACCACCGGAGGUCCUGAAGCUCCUGGAGACUACGCCUGUAUCACCACCACCAGAUGGAACGACUUCGAACUUCGUGAACCCGACGACAAGGGCGGCACUGCAGAAUUGGACCACCAGUGUGAUUGGGGCAGCGAUGCUGGUGUUCUACAUGAACCGCGUGUACAUCAAGGCACGGUUGAUGAAGAGCUGGACAUGGGAUGACGUGACACUAUUCAUAUCCGUACUCUUGAGCAUCGCGCAAUACGUCAUCUUAGUGAUAAGUAUUGCAGAUGGCCCUCUGGGUCGCCACCUCUGGGAUGUUUCGAUCGUACAAGCGCUGUCUCCAACUGCGGCAAAAACCUCAUACGCCAUUUUCGUUAUCUCUCCUUGGAACUCGACAUUCAUCAAAGCGACAUUCUUCAUACUAUACAUCCACCUCUUUGCGCGUAUUCGCUGGAUCCGAAUUUGCUCUUGGGCGGGACUUGUCUUUGCCGUGUCGACCCAUGCCGGGAUUGCAAUCUACGGCCUCGUGAUUGCGAAUCCUCGUGAGAGCGAGACAUGGGCGACUCGCGCCUUUCAUCUUGCUAUAUCACUCAGCGUCUUUGGCAUCAUUUCAGAUGCCAUGAUAUUUGUGAUUCCAUUCGCGGUCAUCAUCCCAUUGCAAUUGUCGAUUACAAAAAAGAUAGGCGCAAUUGUCAUAUUUCUAACAGGUGGAAGCGCAGUUAUAUGCUCGGCUUUAAACCUGUAUUAUCGUGUCAAAUUGUCAAGAAGUCCGGAUCCCACUUGGGACAGCGUCCCUGGCAGUCUCCUUGCGUGAGUAGCUGACUCUCACACACCGCAUUUCGAGAGCUGACAAACUCGACUAAAGGCUAUGUGAAAUUCUUAUAGGAAUUAUUUGCGCUUGCGUCCCUACCAUUUCCUUUGGUUUCAAACAACACGGAUCAGUGUAUCAAAGAGUGUUCCUCAGUCGCAAACCAGGUCUUGCACCGUCUCCAACCAUUUCGCGAAAGAAUCGUCCCGGGUAUUCGACAUUGAAUGAUUCGAAAUCGCACAUAAAUUCGAAGUGUAUAGAUACUUCAGCCGACUCAUCAAGGAUCAGUGGGGUUCCGGAUUCGAUGACAGAAGGGCGUGAGGAAGGAACAGAGCUGAGAGUUCUAGAGCCUGUAUACUUAGGUGAGCCAAAAACAGGGGGUACACAUUUUGAGAUGCGCAACGAGC